GUUUUAGAAACAGUAGUGUGUGUUAUAUCCUAGUUUCAAUCAUGGAGAAAAUCAAUGAAACGCUUGCCGAACUAACCUAUCCCAUUUUAAGGUUGUUUUGGUCACCCUAAAGAUGCUCGUUCAGGUCAGGAUAUAAAUGUGGAAGAAUAUGUUCGUCUGAAAUUCAUCAGCAAUGGCAUUGUAUUACUUGGAAUUAUUAAAGAAUCCAUUAAAUUUCCCGCCUGUAUCACGUGAUGUCAAUGUAUUUUUCGACGAGUGUCAGAAGCAAGUGUUUGCUGUUGCUACAGAAAAGAAUAAAACACGCGUUCAUGUAAAGGGUCCCAAUGAUGCGUCUGAUGCUAAUUUUCUUUUGCAAGAAAAGGGAAACGUCAUCUCAAUUAAGUUUUCUCCUGAUCAACGAAUUUUGGCUGUUCAGAGAUCAUCAAAAUCGAUCGAUUUUAUUAAUUUUUACGCAGGUGCAAGCACGGAGGAAUAUAGCCAAAGUUGUAAAGGACGGUCAACCCAGAUUAUUGGUUUCUGUUGGACUGGUUUGAACGACAUUGUUUUUGUCACUAAUCAAGGAAUUGAAUUUUAUCAAGCUCAAGGCGAAAAGUGUUCUCUAAAGCUCCUGAAACACUACAACGCUACUGUUAACUGGUUCGUGUUUCUACCAGAAAGUUCCGUUUUGUUGUUAUCCUCUGGAAUUAUGGGUAAUAUUAUUCAUCCUUAUUUAUUUAAAACAGGAAAUAUUAUGCGGCUACCAAAAUUUGAAGUGGAAAAUCCACCUUCCACAAGGAACCCGCAACCCGGAAGUCUGCUCGAACGAGAUGUAACUGUAGCUAACAUCUAUAAUAACAUAUACGUUGUCGUGUUAAGAAACCAACCACGAUCUUUUAAUGCUGUUGGUGCUGAGAUCGUGUUGUAUCAGCUUCAGAAGGAUACACCAGCUAAAAAGACAGCCGUGUUACGUCUGGGCGCGGUCGGUCGUUUUGCUGUUAAUGUCGUCGAUAACUUAGUUGCCGUCCACCACCAGGCUUCGAAAACAUCCAUGAUAUUUGACAUCAAUUGUCCAGGAGAGUUUGAUGGUCAAGUAACACAGUAUUAUCCCGUGUUGUCUCCCCUUCCAAUUGAACCUUAUAUGAUGCAAGUAAAACUGAACGAGCAUACAGAGAAUGGUGAAGGUGAAACAAGGGAAGUUGUAUGCGAAUCUUAUUCGCCCAACUGGGUUGUGUUUCAGCCCAACAUAAUAAUUGACGCAAAGCUUGGUUGCUUAUGGAAACUGAACGUCAAACUCUCUUAUAUGAUCAACAUGAUAGAAGAUAAAGGCAAAUUAAUUGAUUUUUUGUUGUUGCGAUCUGGUAGCAAGCCAGUUAUUAUAUCAGUGUGUAACGAAGUUCUCACUCCUGGUAGACAGACUAGUCUUGGUAACGUUGCUUUGAUUUUUGACAAAAUCAACGCAGUGUAUGCGGAAUAUUUGGAGCUAAACAGUACUGGCACGGCGUCUGUGCAAGAUACCACGAAGGAAAACGAACUAACUGGUCACUGGUUUCAAAAGCAGUCAGUCUUAGACCAACACGACAUGUACGCUGCCGUGUUUGCUUCUUUCGUUGAUCAGGAACAAGUUUCUCACAAGUUUGUCGUAGCUGUGUUAAUCGAAUAUCUACGAUCGCUGAGUCACCAUAAAAUUCCCGUAGAAUAUUAUUUGAACGAAUUUAUCAUUAAUCUUCUGGUGAAAAAGAAAUUAUUUUAUCAGCUGCAUCAGUUUAUACAAUAUCAUGUUUUAAGCGAUUCCAAAUCGCUAGCAUGUUUGUUGCUUUCGCUAGAACAGGUAUACCCUCCCGCGUAUGAUUUAGCGUUGGAUAUGAUGAAAAGACUUGGUACUGCACAAGAAGAAAUUAUUGAAACUUUGCUUCUGAAAGGUGUUAUUGUGUCAGCUUUAAAGCAGCUUCAGAAUUUCGACAUGAUUGAUUCUGCUGCACCACGGAAAUUCUUAGCCGCAGCUAUGAAAACAGGAGAUGAUAUGUUAUUUUAUACCGUGUUCACCUUCUUUCAACAAAGAAACAUUAAAUUAAGAAAGAAUCCUAAGUUUGUGAGAGGCGAACAAUGCGAGAUAUAUCAAAAACAUUUCGAAAAUGUGUUUGGUAGAGGAACUCGAAAAGACAUGGAUGGUUUAAUUGAAAGUCUAGGCCACCUAGACAUGGUAUGAUAACAAAAACAACAGCUUUCGGGAAGGUUGCUUUCAAGUACUGUAAUGCAUAUUUUUGUGUGAGAAUUUUGUUUCGUCAAGGAUUUCAUUUUGGUGUUUCCGUUUUAGAGUACCCGUGUUUUGUUAAUUUUUGUGCAAUGAUUGUCAUUCAGAUAUGAGAUCGGAACUUUACUAUAUUUUUUUAUAAACAAUACCAAAUUUAAGCAUUUGCCCCAAAAAAUUGCUAAACAAUGUGUUUGGAGUGAACAAGUAGUAGUAUUUCACUGACAAUCUUACCCAGGUAAACAAUGACUAAACAAUUUUUGAGGGUAUUUUUUUUACGUAGCUAAACAUUGUUUGGGGCGAGGUGCAAAAAAUGUUUUUCACCAAAAAUAAUGUUUGUAUGUUGCUGUUUUCUAGGCACACUUAAUUAGGAGAAACUUCCGUGGGAACGUUAUGGUUUAACUUUCUCAUUUCGCAAAAAAAAAUUUCUGAAUCUAUAAAAUGGUCAUUUCUGUAGAAAUCUUCUUUGCAUGUUCAAAUUUUCUGUACAGAUUUUAGUACAGAUGCGCGACAUUAGACUUUUACAAAAAAACAAAUUUGUUUGCGAAAACGCAUCUAUACCAUAGUUCGCUAUAUUUUCUCGUAUUUUUUAGCGCAUUUAAUUUUGGCGCACCUUAUUAGGUAAAAAAAUUUAACGCAUAGAAAAAUUCACGCCUAAUUUCUGCCGUAGCCAAAUUAAAUCCAUGCAAAAUUUUAUUCCUGUUCAUAAUCUAUUUUUUAUUUUAUUUUUUUAAACUUGUUAACUACACUUUCAUUCAAAUUUGUUAUACAGUUUUUAUACUGUAUAACAAAUACAGUAUAAAUAGUUGUUAUACUGUCGAAAUGGUAUCGAGAACUGUCAAAAUGAAAACGAUAACUGUCGAAAUGAAAACGAGAACUGUCGAAUGAAAACGAGAACUGUCGAAAUGAAAACAAGAACUGUCGAAUGAAAACGAGAACUGUCGAAAUAAAAACGGGUACUGUCGAAAAAAACCCCGAGAACUAUGACACCUCAGGAAAACUGAGAUAGUAAAUUGAUAGAUUGAUCUCACUGAAAAUAGUUUUAAGGGUAUACAAAACAGGAGUCUGACUACAUACGUUUACAGAAAUUGUCCUUAACAUUAAGAAACAUCCAGGUUGAACCCAGAAAUUGUGUUUUUUAUAAAAAAAGACGUGUAUUUUUACGGUGUAAGGUACUUUAAUGAUAGCAUUUAUGUGUUUCCACAUAAACAAAUUUAUAAGGUAGGCUGAGCUGGAGUUAACUUAUUAAAAUGUGCGAACAAAGCUGACAAACGAACGAGUGAAAUCGGAUAGGCAUCAAUUAAUUUUUUAUUUCGUUAAGGGGGUGUAUCAUAGACCUUUUUAUUUUGUUACUGGUUUUAAACAUGUUUUUCUUUAUUACUUUGUCUUGUUACUAUGUUAACAGAUUUUACACAGUGAAAAUGACUAUUUUAUAUAUUCAAUCUUUUUGUAUGCGCCCUGGUUGAUGCCAAGUAAAAAUAAUACUUCAAACAAGCUUAUUUUUUAUAUUUUUGUUUCAUGUUUACGCACGACUUAAUAUGUUGUAUGUAUUAUGCAACCUCGAUCCCAGGACCUGUUGUCUCUUUUUGCAUAUCGCGCAGCGCCGAUUAAAAUAAAAAGUCCUGGGAACGAAUUUGUGUGUUAUGUUUAUGUUGCCAAAUACGAUCUAAAUAUGUUUUAUACAA